AUGCAGAACACAGAGCCUGACACCGAGGAGACCGACCAGCUGCUGGAGGACAUUGGCACAGAGGGGGAGUUUGAAGACGAAGGCUUUGAAGAUGCAGACGUAGACCCCACCCUCCUGGCGGUCCUGGUGUUCGGGGUGUCCGUGAUGCUGAUCGAGAAGCAGAUCCAGAAACUGGACGAGUGGAGAGCGAAGCUCGAGAGCGUCCUCCUCAAGCCAGAGGUGGCUGAGACUGAGCGGCGUGUCGGUGAGGACCAGCCGCCGCCGGCCAGAGGAGACAACACGGUCAUCAUUUACAACAGAGUGCCCCAGACGGCCAGCACGUCCUUCACCAACAUCGCCUACGACCUCUGCAGGAAAAACCAGUUCCACGUCCUGCACGUCAACACCUCCCCAAACAACCCUGUCCUCUCUCUGCAGGACCAGAUUCGUGUUGUGAAAAACAUCACCUCAUGGAAAGAGAAGCAGCCCGGCUUCUACCACGGCCACAUGGCUUGUCUGGACUUCGCAAAGUAA